UCAUUUGUAUCCGUGCAGAGUCAUUGUAAAAGGGUGAGUGAGCUAAAGUUGCUCUCCCUUGGCAACAGCAGUCAGCAGCAGCGACCGCUUAAAAAAGGAAAAAGAAAAGAAAAAUUCUUCAAAGUAUGUUUGGCUUGACUGCUACUCUCUCCACCGCUACCGCCGCCGCUUCCGCCACUAACUCUCUUCCUUCUCGCACUCCCUGCACCGGCCUGCAUCAUCAUAGAAGUACUUCGUCUGCCGUCACCGCCGCUGUUGCUGGUUGCACUCAAUCGGCUUCAAUUGUGUGCGUUCAAGUUCACGCCACGUCUUUGAGGCCCAGUUGUAGUGCAGUAAAAGCUAUGGCUGAUUCUCAAACCCUUUCAGUGUCUAAAAAUCAGCCUCAAUCUCCUUCUUCUGGCAAUAAGCAAGCUUUGAUUUCUUUAUCCGAUAAAAGGGACCUGGCUUUACUUGGGCGUGGACUACAAAACUUAGGGUACACGAUUGUUUCGACAGGAGGAACAGCAUCUUCUUUGGAAAGUGCUGGAGUAUCUGUAACUAAAGUGGAGCAGCUUACUUCUUUUCCUGAAAUGCUUGAUGGUCGUGUAAAAACUUUACAUCCCAACAUUCAUGGGGGUAUUCUAGCUAGAAGGGACCAAAAGCAUCACAUGGAAGCUCUUAACGAACAUGGAAUUGGUACAUUUGAUGUGGUAGUGGUGAACUUGUACCCCUUUUAUGAUAAAGUUACUUCAUCUGGACAAAUUGAUUUUGAGGAUGGAAUUGAGAACAUUGACAUUGGUGGCCCUGCCAUGAUUAGAGCUGCUGCAAAGAACCACAAAGAUGUUUUGGUGGUUGUUGACUCUGAAGACUAUCCUGCGUUGCUAGAUUAUCUUCAAGGCGACCAAGAUGAUCAGCAGUUCCGUAGAAAUCUUGCCUGGAAAGCUUUUCAACAUGUUGCUUCUUAUGAUUCUGCAGUUUCUGAGUGGCUUUGGAAGCAAACUGUAGGAGAUAAAUUCCCGCCCAGCCUAACCGUGCCUCUCUCACUCAAGAGUUCUCUUCGUUAUGGUGAAAAUCCUCAUCAAAAGGCUGCAUUUUAUGUUGAUAAGAGUAUUUCUGAGGUCAAUGCUGGUGGCAUUGCAACAGCUAUUCAACACCAUGGGAAGGAGAUGUCAUAUAACAACUACUUAGAUGCUGAUGCAGCAUGGAAUUGCGUGUCAGAGUUUAAGAACCCUACCUGUGUUGUUGUUAAGCACACAAAUCCUUGUGGGGUAGCUUCACGUGAUGAUAUCCUUGAAGCAUAUAGGCUGGCUGUAAAAGCAGAUCCAGUGAGCGCAUUUGGUGGUAUUGUAGCCUUCAAUAUAGAGGUUGAUGAGGUUCUUGCAAAGGAAAUUAGGGAGUUCAGAAGUCCAACAGAUGGUGAAACUCGUAUGUUUUAUGAGAUUGUGGUUGCUCCCAAGUAUACCAAAAAGGGGCUUGAGGUCCUACGGGGAAAAUCAAAGACAUUGAGGAUCCUUGAGGCAAAAAAGAAUGAACAAGGAAAGCUUUCACUAAGACAAGUUGGUGGUGGAUGGUUAGCUCAGGAUUCGGAUGAUUUAACUCCCCAAGAUAUAAAAUUCAAUUUCAUGUCUGAGAAGACUCCACAAGAAAGUGAACUGAAUGAUGCACAGUUUGCAUGGCUGUGUGUUAAGCAUGUAAAAAGCAAUGCCAUUGUAAUAGCAAAGAAUAACUGUAUGCUGGGCAUGGGAAGUGGGCAGCCAAACCGUUUGGAAAGCUUGAGAAUAGCCUUGAAAAAAGCAGGAGAUGAGGUUAAAGGAGCUGCUUUGGCUAGUGAUGCUUUCUUUCCAUUUGCUUGGAAUGAUGCAGUGGAAGAGGCAUGUGAAGCUGGCGUUGGUGUUAUUGCAGAGCCAGGUGGAAGCAUCAGGGACAAGGAUGCCAUAGACUGCUGCAACAAGUACGGCGUUUCACUGAUUUUUACCAAUGUGAGGCACUUUAGGCACUGAUAGAUCACAUUUUGAGUUUGUUUUUGCAAUUUUGAGUCAAAACCUAGUAGCCAAUCAGCAGAGUUUCGAAACUCUAUCAGAUUCCUCUGAUGGGAGUUCCCAUAGUUCACCAGGUGGUGGCAUCACAUUAUGCAAUUUAAAAUGAUGUACCAUAAGCGCUCAUGAUAUUUUUCUUUCCAAUCUCUUAAAAAUGAGGAAAGGGAUUUAAUCUCGAGUUUCUUUUUGCACAUUUUGAUCUCAGUCAAUCACAUUGUCUACUUCAUUUCCCUUUUUA